AUGACUCAAGAACAUGCUCAGCUUCCUGAAUAUCUGGUGUUUAUGAAACAGUUCUCAGUGCAGGUACAGAUAAGGGAGCCAGCCGGAAUCAUGAUCUGGACAAGGAAUAGCCCGCUGAUUGAGAUGUUUGGGUUGGAAUUGCAUGUCGGGCGAAAAAAUCACAGCCACGGGGAACCACACUGGGAUAGAGAGUUGCUAGUCAACACAUCCACUAUUGUGGAUGGGAAAUUCCUCAUUCGGGACGAUAACAUGGUGGUGAAACAGGGAGAAAUAAUUCGUUACCGUUUUUCGGUUCUGCACAAGAAAACUCUAUCGCAUAGCAAUUUCCGACGAAUCAUUGUCACGGAUUACCUUUUCCAUCGGCCGAAGAACAGCUAUUGCUUCUCACAAUGUCUCGCCAAUGACCAGGAACAAGUUCAUCGGGAGAUCGCACAUGUGAAGGACAUCCUGGAGCAGAAGAUAAUGCAGUGCAUCGGAUCGCAAGCUUCGAAGUAUUUGUUCUUUCCGCUGGAGAAUACAGACAAGUUGGUUUCGGAUCCGGAACUGUACGUAAAGUAUCGUUUAUGGCACGUUGAUGCACUUAAACCGUUAGUUAGCAACGUGGUCACAACCUAUCUUGCCCACAAUGGUGUUGGAUUUGAAAUGUAUUCAUUAAUCGAUAAAUUGAAGGUACUAGAGUUAGGUGAAGGCUAUCUGGACGUGGUUGAUUUGGAUAAUCAAUUGAAUUAGAAUAUAGGCUGUUAGCAAACUAGUCGUAAUGGCGAAAGACUGGCUAGAAGCAACAUUCGAUCGUCUUAAAUAGAUGUAUUUCCGGAAACUAUU